AUGAACCACAGAGACAACAACUCGCCUGUACCAAGCAGUCCAAGAGUAAUGGUUGGUUGUUCCCAACUGGUAAUUGGCAUUUACGGGGAUUUCCUUUCGGAUGAAGAGGCAUAUGGAUCUCAAGUAUCAGAAAAUGGAGUUUUGCAAGUUUUAUUGGAUAUAAGAUUUGCUGCUGAUGUCCUUUCUGGUGGUGAUUUCAGUGGAAGCGAGGAGUUAUCAAAAGUUCUGAAGGUGAAGAGUACUUUUAGGCAAAAGCAUGAUUUACACAAGGCCAAGUCGGCCAAUAGAGAGCUCAUCGAUGGGUUGGUCAAUCGCCUUUCACAGAGGCUGGAUCCUAUAGACUGGCUUACGUAUGAGCCAUAUCUUUGGGAGAAUGAGAGGCAGUCAUACCUACGGCAUUCUGUCCUCUUCGGUUUCUUUGUGCAACUUAAUCGGCUGUACACAGAUACUAUGCAGAAAUUGCCUACCAAUCCGGAAUCAAAUAUAAUGAGAUGUUCUACAGUUCCUCGCUUCAAGUACCUUCCCAUCAGUGCUCCAGCAUUGUCUUUGAGGGAAACAACCAAAGCAUCGAUUUCAACAUCUGUGGAGGAUGUUUCUUCUAGAAGGUCCUGGAAAAGUUAUGCUCAUGAAGACCUCUCCCCUAAGAUUGAUAUGGAUGACAACCCAAGUUUUGGGAUGGCCACACCAUUUUUAAAGUCAUUCAUGCAGGUUAGAUUUCUGUCACUAGUUGGAUAA